AAUAAGUCCAAUUACAUUAACUAUAUCACUAGAAAAUUAUAUUUAUUUAGAAAUCAUGAUUAUUUCUUCUAAUGCUAUGGCUAGUAAGUUUUCUAUUAGUAGCACUUUGGUAAACACAUGUACAAAAUCGGAAGAAAAUGAUAAAGAAUUAACUAGCAUUAAUAACACACCAUUUAUUAGAAACAUACUAGGUUCUAAGUUCAAGAACUAUAGUGGUAACUUGUCUUUAAUUACUUUUCCAAUUGAGAUUGAGAUAGGAACUCAAUUUAUCUCUAUGCCAGUUGUAGUUCAUUAUGUAAAACAAUAUGCUUUUCAGAAUUAUUUUGCAAUUUAUAAACACAAAUGUGAGAUAUUUUCUAAUGAAACUUGUAGAAAAAGAGUUUAA